UUACGAUAAAAUCUUAUUGUAUCUGACUCUCAAUCGGUGUAAUAUAAAAGCAGUCCACGAGUGUGUGCAUCUCUUGCUUUCUUUUAAUUAAACCAUGUCUCUCAAAGAUGCUUCAGUUGGACAACAGCUUGCUAUUGCUGGUGCAGCUGUAUCUUCUAUCAUUACUUUAAUGUCAUUAAAAUACCAUGAUAGACCUUUAUUCUAUGAACAUAUAAAAGACAUACCUUUCAUCAAGGGUUAUCCUCUAGUAGGAAACUUGCCAACUUUGAUUAAAAACAUUGGACGACGCUUAGACUAUGCUGUUGAACUUUAUGAAAAAACAGGGGCACUUACCAUAACAUUGCCAGUGGCCGGUCUGCCUCGACAAAUCCUUACGAUUGAUCCUCGAAAUAUUGAACAUAUCUUAAAGACAAACUUUUCAAAUUAUGUCAAAGGGCCACAGUUUAACGAUGUGAUGCAUGACCUUUUAGGCCAUGGUAUUUUUAAUGCAAACGGAGAUCAAUGGAAAUGGCAGAGAAAGACAGCAAGCCAUAUAUUCAACGUUAAAAACUUUAGAGACCAAUUUACAGAUGUUUUUGUAAAGGAGUUGCAUCUGAUGUGCGAUCACAUUCUUGAUAAAGCUGCGAGUGAUGGCAGUAUCAUCGAUUUUCAAGACAUCAUGUUCAGAUUUACCCUCGACUCUUUUGUAUACCUCGGAUUUGGUACGGAGCUUAACUCACUUUUGAAAGAUGGCAAGGUAGAAUUUGCUGAAUCGUUUGACUUCCUUCAGCGAAGAUGCGCCGAACGCUUCAGUAAUCCUACGAUGAAAUACAAAGAACGCUUCCCUAGCUUAUUCUUCCGAAAAGAGCAUACCGCUAGCUACAACAUUAAAGUCGUAGACACAUUUGCUCAGCAAGUCAUUGAAAAGAGACGUGAAGAGAUCGCAUCUGGAGAAACAAGUCAUAAGGACCUGCUUUCUCGAUUUAUGGAGGCAAAGAAUGAAAAUGGAGAGCCAUUAAACGAUAAAGAGCUACGUGACACUGUUCUCAAUUUUAUCAUUGCUGGUCGUGAUACUACUGCUCAAGCCUUAUCGUGGUUGUUCUACAAUAUCAGCUUACAACCUCGUAUUGAAAGAAAGAUGCUUGAAGAGAUUGAAAAAUAUAUGACUGAUGGAUUAGAAAAUGACUCAUCUGCCCUUUAUCAGGCUAUCAACGAGAUGUCUUAUCUCCACGCAGUAUUUUUUGAAACCCUUCGUCUACAUCCAUCAGUUCCUGGAAACCAGAAAUAUGCGCUUGAAGAUGAUGUCUGGCCCGAUGGGACUUUUGUUAAAGCAGGAACCUAUGUUUCUUGGAACCCGUAUGCUCAAGGAAGAAAUAAGAAUGUAUGGGGCGAUAAUGCCAAAGAGUUCUAUCCUGAACGAUGGCUGGAUGAAAAUGGAAGCCUAAAGAGAGAAAACGCUGGCAAAUGGCCUGCAUUCCAUGCUGGUCCUCGUAUUUGUUUAGGUCAAAAUUUGGCUACUCUGGAGGCACUUAUCUGUGUGUCUAUGUUGCUUCGACGCUACUCGUUUACUUUGGUAUCUAAUCAAAUAAUCACGUAUGGUAUCUCAUUGACACACCCUAUGAAAAACGGAAUGAAAAUGUUUGUUGAAAGGCGUCAAAGAACUUAACCUUAUUUAUUUAUCUAUUAUUGCAAUAAAUACUUGAUAUUCUUAAAACAUUUCUAAU